UGGGACCUCCGCGGUGGACAGGGCUUCCAGUUCCGUCCAUGAAAGCCACUGCCAAACCCAGUCGUUGGAGGUUCACUGGUCCCAGUGAUGCAGCAACCAUUGAAGUUGCUUCUCAUCUACUCCAUCAAAAAAGCCUCAUCUAGCCAUAACUAUUUCUGAGACCUACAAAUUUCCUUCGUUUCUUUGUACUCCUGUUCCUUGCCAUUUCCAGAGGACCCAUCUUCUUCCCUUUUCUGCUUCGGCAACAAUGGCGAACUCACGCCUCUGUUUUCUUCUUCCUCUGCUCCUCGCCUGCGUCUUCGUCUCGAAUCGCCCAGCCAAAUGUGACGAUGAGGAUGAUCUUCAUAGAGGUAUCAACAGUUAUCGUGCGAUCUUGAACUUGACAGCGCUGACGGAGAACGACAAUGCGGAUUGCCUUGCUGAAGAAAUCGCUGACAAAUUAAAGCAUCAACCUUGUACAAACACCACAGGUUCCAACGCAGUAGCCGGAACUGAACCUCAAUUCCCCGACUUUCCAAACCUGUUAGCCAAAUGCCAUUUGAACAUCUCCAACACAAGGGAUGGAGCAAUAAUGCCUGCUUGUGUUCCAAACCGUGUACCUGAUCUCGUUCUCGCUAACUUCACGAAAUCUCAGUACUCGGGGAACCUUAAUGAUACCAAGUACACGGGAAUCGGCAUUGGUACUGAAGAUGACUGGGUUGUUGUUAUUCUUACCACCAGCACACCAGAAGGAAGUUAUGUGACAGCGGCAAAGAACACGGCCACUCUGGUUUCUAAGAUUGGUUUGUUCUCCCAGUUGCUGUUCUUGAUGCUGUCUUUUGUCUCACUGUUGUAGACCAGGAGAGGAUUUCUUUGCCUUGGUUUGCUUGGAUCUUAAUACUUUUAUUGACCUGAUUUUCGAUACGAGACAAUUCAAACUAUACUAUCGUAUUCGUAUUUUGUACGUUUGAAGUAAUUCUCCCACUAGUCGAUAUGUAUGAAAAUUUUCCUCGUUCUCUUUUACUAAAGGAUGUGAAAGUGAAUGAAAGAAAGAACUUCGAUGUUGAAGAAGUAAUUUAAUUUAUGUAUAUUGUUCGUCAAGCAGGUGGCUUCUUGACUGAAGAAACAGAGUGCAAUUAUGCUUG